UGCAAUCUCUCCUUUAUCCUUUCCUUCCUUUAACAGUUUGCAGAAGUCCACUGUUCAGCCAGGGUAUCCUGAGAGAGAGAAUGAAAAGAGUCUCAUUGAUUUGAUAGAAGAGAGACUGAAGAAGAGAGACUGAGAGAGAGAGAGAGAGAGAGAGAGAGAGAGAGAGAAGAUGCUCUCAUUAAAGCUGGUACGCUCUCUGGUUUUGGGGGAGACCAUUAACAAUCCUCUCCUAUUAAACCAAAAUCACCAUGACCCUUCUCACGAUGAAGUCCAUAGUCACACCCAUGAUGAUAUCCACACCCAUCAAAGAAGCAGCAGCAGAAGAGAGAGCAAGAAUGGUGGAACCAAAACAAAAACCCCAUUACUUAUCUUUCUUCCUACCAGAGAGGUUGUUAGGGAUACCUACAGAUUAGCCACCAUUGCCAGAGACAUGGGCAUGGAUUUAUACCCCAGCCCAUCUCUCUCCCAUGUCAUCUUCUUAUGGCCAUCAUCACCAUCGUCGUCGUCCUCCUCCUCAUCAUCUUCAUCACCAUCUGUACCAUCCUUAUGGUCAUCGUCAUCAUCAUCAUGGUCUUUCUCAGGAGAUGCCAUUGCUCUCCCCUUUCCUUCCCUCACCACUGCUUCAACUGCUCAGCUUCGCAGCUUUGUUGGCCUUUCCAAAGGCCUCUUCAAGCUUGCCUUUUGCAGCUUCAGCAGUAAUAGCCGCAACAGUAGCAGCGGCGAUGGAGAUAAUGCCAGUCACUGGGACUGUUCUUCGCUUUCUUUGUAUUCCCGAUUGAGUGGUGAUCGUAUCGAUAGCAUGGAUGGCUUCUGCAGAGCCCUAGCUGGAAUGGGUUGGACUCUGUUCAAGACCAAGAACAACCCAUCUCUUGUUUCCAGUGAUGGAAAUUCUAAUGGUGUCAAGUCUGUGCAUCUCUUCAGGAAGGUUGACUCUAAUAAGCUACGGGCAUCGCAAUCGAAUGGAGGUGGUGAACCCAUAUCUGGGGAGUACAGAAUUAGAGAGCUGAGGUUGCCUCCUUUGGAUUUCAGGAAUGCCCCUUUAAGGAUUUUGCAGUACGUUAUGCUAAUGACUGAUGAUCUCUUCUAUCUUGCGUGAACGGGUCAUUGAGCAGAAGUCAUUUCAGUCCAUUGCUUUUACGGCAUAUGUAUUUCUUCCUUUGUGCAGACAUCUUCAAGAAAUUCAAUGUUACAGUAGGUCAUUUGAAUACAACAGCUAACCAACGGGUACUUGGCAAUCCAGAAAAGAUCUCACGGUGGUCUUUGGAACCUUAUUAACUUAUUAAAUGUAGCAAGAUUGGAAUUUGAAUUCCAUAGUCAUUCAUCUUAAAUGAGCAGUGAUCUUCAAAUUGCCAUACUUAUACAAAUGUCAUCGAAAGCAGAUCAGAUUCUCCAAGUCAAGGAAUGGAGGACAGAGUACUUUCAACCAUGGCAAAAAAGAAGGGAGGCUCACCAGCUGAAAAAGACAUGGAGGAAGAGCAUUGUGUUUCAUUUUUAUAUACGACCUCGUUCCACCAUCUGGAGUUCAAUCGGUUCAUCAAAUCAGUUGAUCAGCAACGGGUUAUGACUUUGAUGUUCAAUAUUAAUAGACAUGAUGCAUCCGAGGAGGCUCCAAUCUUGACUUCUUAACAUGGAUUAUCAAAUUAAUGAAGUUGUAUCGAUCUGAGACCAAGUAAUAGAUUUUUCAUCAUUGUAUAUUAGCAUGUAGGACAAUCUUACAUGUUAUCCCUUGUGAUUCCUCUUAUUUUCGAAGGCUCCUUGUUCACAUGCACUUGGUGGACAUGCUUGGACCUUGUUUGAAACCUUUGGACCAGUUUGCUGGUACUUGAAGCUAUUUAUUUCUCAUUAA